AUGACGAGGCCGCGCAGGACCCGCGGCGCCGAGACGGGCGGCAGAGAUGGCGCAGAGCGGGGGCAGAGGGCGGGCGCCGGGCAACUCGUGGGACAAGAACCGCAUCUGGAGGGUGGUCAACCUGCCGGAGGAGACGGGUCGAGGCUGCUGGCGGUGGUGAAGCAGCCCGAGCCGUUCGCGCCCGACAAGGACCGAGACAAAGAACCUGGUGAGUCGCUGGUCAAGUGGCUCUCCAACGGUGACGUGGUCGAGCAG